UCUCUCUCUCUCUCUCCCUCAAACCCCCACGAACCCUAAUCCCAUCUCUCAUUCCCCACCUCCACUCCACCACCUCUCCCUCUCUCUCUCUCGACGAUCCCGAGAUCCGCUGCUCCCACGGAGGCGGGGGGAUCGCGGAUCUGAUCAUCGUCGUCGUCGUCGGCGUCGUCGGAAGCGGCGGCGGCGGAGGAGGUGGAGGAGGAGGCGGAGGAGGAGGAGGAGGAGGGGGCAUGGCGUAUAGGGCGGAGGACGACUACGACUACCUCUUCAAGGUGGUGCUCAUCGGGGACUCGGGGGUGGGGAAAUCGAACCUCCUUUCCCGGUUCACGCGGAACGAGUUUAGCCUCGAGUCGAAGUCCACCAUCGGGGUCGAGUUCGCCACCAGGAGCAUACGCGUCGACGACAAGGUCGUCAAGGCCCAGAUUUGGGACACCGCGGGGCAAGAGAGAUACCGAGCAAUCACAAGUGCGUACUACCGAGGUGCUGUGGGCGCUCUUUUAGUCUACGAUGUAACACGCCACGUCACCUUUGAGAACGUGGAGAGAUGGUUGAAGGAGCUCCGUGAUCACACCGAUGCCAACAUCGUGAUAAUGCUUGUGGGGAACAAAGCCGACCUGCGCCACCUCAGGGCCGUCUCCACCGAGGAUGCGACAGCUUUCGCCGAGAAAGAGAACACCUUCUUCAUGGAAACUUCCGCUUUGGAAUCUAUGAAUGUGGAAAAUGCCUUCACCGAAGUGCUCACACAGAUUUACCGGGUCGUCAGCAGGAAGGCACUCGACAUCGGCGAUGAUCCGUCGGCGCCGCCAAAGGGGCAGACGAUCAAUGUGGGCUCCAAGGACGACGUGUCCGCUGUGAAGAAAGUCGGUUGCUGCUCAGCUUAAGGUAAAAAAUGAUUAAAAGGAAAAAAAAAGAAGAAAAGAAGAAUAUAAUGCUUGAUUUUAUGUAGUAUUUGGCAUCGUCACUCUGCGAUGUGGUUCUUACAAGAUUUACUUUGUCCUCGAACGCCAGCCUUGAGGAUACCAUGGAGUUCAAAUGAGACGGGGAAAAGUCUAGUUAGGGUUUGUAAUCUCCGUCGUCAUCUUUUUUAGUGAAGACUUACUUUGUUCCUUUUCUUGUUCUUAUUGUUGUAACUCUGUGGUGUGUUACUCUUUCUUGUUCUUUUUUUUUUUUGUUCAUUUAGGUUGGUCUCUUUUGGUUGGUGGAAAAUUAAAUGAAAUCAUUUUUGAUGCCUAUUAGAUGUUCGUUUCCGAUUGUGAA